AUGGGACGCUGCAUCCGUCGAGUGUCUGCGGCGGCAGCAGCGCUGCUGAUGGCACUUGUCGCCGCCGCCGCCGUUGCCCCCACCACGGCACGUGCGUACGAUCAUGCGGGCAUCACGGUGGCAGGGGCCUUAAUGGUAGGGCAGAACCUGCAGGGCACAGCAGGCACAAGCCGCAUCCUGAACCCCUUCGCGAUCUGCGCCAACUUCGACACCGCCGACGUGGAGGACACAACCCUCCUCAUCGGGGGUGCCUCGUACUUCUUCACCCUCAACCGCUACAGCACCUAUCUGGGCUUCUGGUACGGCCAGGGCUCGAUGAACUUGAACAGCGGACCAAUCGACAAGGUCCGGCUGACCGGCGUGUUCGGCUGCGUGACGCUGCGCCCCAACCCUAGCAACGCUUUGCCCACCUCUAUCGUCUACUACGUGCAGAACGACGGCUUUCUGUACUGGGUGUCGAACAGCAUUGUGUACCUGACACAGCUAGAAUCCGGCAUCAGCCUCUUCGACGUGACCGUGUACAACAACAGCGUCUAUCUUCUCAGUGCUCAGAAUGUCAUCUACAGGUGCGGCAUAGGCGCCGGUGGGGCCGUAGUGGGGUCAGCCUGUACGCAGAUCCCCCUCACCGGGAGUCCCGCAUUCCAUCAACUCAUCACCGUCUCCUCGGACUUCAGGGGCUUCGCGGUGUCGGCCAGCGGCAUCGUCGUGGCGCCGACCGCGGACCUGUUCUGGUUCGACCUCUCCGGCGCCUUCAUUUCAAAGUCGGCCGGUGUCACAUUCGUGGACGCCAAGUUCACAACCAACAGGGACACCGCGAACAGAGGAGCCCCAGUCUUGAUGGCAGCCUCGACGAGCGCAGUGUACACCGUCGCCACCUCUGGCGCCUCGAUCACGUACACCCUCGUCUCUGGUGAGGAGACCGGGCGGUGCAACCCGGCGCUGAACAAUGUCGACUCCGACACGAGCCCGACCUUCUGCGGUAUCGCCCGCAUCUACCCCUUGAGUACCGACAUGGUGUACAUGACAACCGGCGGCGCGAGUGUUGUUCGUGCCAUCCUAGUGGGCAACACCACCGUCCGCGACACCAUCACCCGCACCCCGUUCCCGGUGUACUUCCUGGACAACUCCUCGAUCAUGCCACUGAUGCUAGACGGCAUGAACUACGAGCUCGUGGCCAACUCGGACAUUCCUUUCCCGUACGUGGCGAUCAACGAAUCCACGCCGGAGGUGGCCGACAGCACGUGGGACACCAGCUUUUCCGUGGAUGUGUCGAAUCGAUUCUUUUCCACGGCGUCGAGCGCGGCGGUCACCAGCACGCCGUUCAUGGGUUCGCUGCAUGGGUUGCAGGCGUACUACAACCGCACGAACCAGAUCCUCUUUGGUGACCCAAACGUGCUGCCCAUGUGCAACCUCACCAAGAUGCACAUGAUCGAGCGCGCCGUGGCCGCUGAUGCCCGCGCCGCCCUGCAGUACCCCUACAUCUACACGUCGAGGGCACAGAACUUCACGGUGAACGCGCAGCCGAACUUGACCCUGCUGAAGCUGCUGAUGCCGUACCCCUUCGGCGAGAUCCUGAAUGAGUCCGGCUUCUUCGAGAACACAACGACCCCGGCGGCGCUCGCGAACGUUCACUUCAACAAGACGAUGCUUGCGGCCGUACGCAACGCCUACGCACCGGACUUCGUGUAUGACUCUAUUUUCGCCGGCAACGCGUUCCCCUUCCACAUCCUCACUGCAGCGCAGCAGCAGGUGGUGCGGUGGGUCAUCUACAUGGCGAUUCAAGAACAACUGGCGAAGUGCGCGGAGAACACCCCCUCCUACCCCGGCUCUGACAGCAGCUCGAGUGACUCGCAGGAUGACAUGGUCCCCGGCUGCGUUCCGCGGGUCGGCAUCAGCAACCUCACCGAGCAGAUGAUCCCGGGGCUGCCUUACAGCAACUUUAACAUCACUGUCUUCAUCCCGGAAAGCCUGCAUUACACCUUCAGCAUCUCGCGCUGCCUCGAUGGCACCGACUGGACAAACGUCACGGAUUACUUGCAAAAUGCGACGAUAACGACCACUCGAAAGUGCGGCACCGGGUGCAUUGUUAGCAUCGCCGUGGCGUCUGCCGUGGUGGCGGCGAUUCUGGUGGUGGCGAUAGUCAUCGUGACCUCGAAGCGGCGGCGCCUCGCCACCGUCGUGGCGCCGGCUUUGACCGUGGAGCCGAAGUUCGCCAGCACGCUAGAUGCGACCAGUGAGGAGGGAAGUCGUAACCCACUGAACGGGUAA